GAAAUUGCAUAUGGUAUCCACUGCACACAAAAUAUGCCUUACAAUGGACCGAUUGUGUUAAAACCAAAUAAAGUGGGAUAAAAGAGAGCUGUGUGCAAUGCAAGUCUUCCCACCAAGUCAAUGAUUUUACACAAUUUACUGUAAUUAUCAUCAUAUUCACUAUCUCUUUUUUUUUUUUUUUGGGUAUCAAAAUGCAUGUGAACUUCCAACAGUUUGUCUUUGUUUUUCUCCCCUUUGUAGUGUCAAACUUUCAUAGAACUCCAUAAGCAUCUUUGAUUUAUUCCUUGCUUCUAUUUCCAGAUUGUUGAACUCACUCUUCUACAAUCAAAACCAGGUAUGGGUAAUAUCUUCUCAAUCUCACUUUCACUCGAUCCCAUCAUUACCCGUUGCUUGGAUUGUGCGACUGGACAGGCAAGUUAUAUAUGCAACCUCGAAGAUAACCUGCAUGCUUUACAAGCUGAAGUAGCAGGACUGAAGGAGCUCAGGAGUGAUCUGAUGAGCAGGGUCAGAAUUGCUGAAGAUGAGCAGCAGCUUAAGCGGCUAAACCAAGUUGAGGGUUGGCUUUCGAGGGCUGAAACUCUGAUAAACGAUGCUGAUCAAUUGAUUGUCCAAAGUCCUCAGCAUGUUGAAAAUCUAUGUAUGGGAGGUUGUUGCUCCACUCAUCCUAGGUCCAGCAUCAAGUUCGGGAAGAAAAUUGCCAAAAAACUCCAAGAGGUGAAAGACCAGAAGGAGAAUGGAGAUUUCAGUGAGGUGGCCAGCAAGCCACCACUUCCUCCAGCAACUGAAAGACCUAGUCAGCCAACUGUGGGUUUAGAGUCCAAUUUCAACAAGGUUUGGAGCUGUCUUCAAACGGAACAAGUGGGAAUUAUUGGCAUAUAUGGCUUAGGAGGGGUUGGCAAGACAACCCUCCUAAACCAAAUCAAUAACAAAUUCCAUGAUACUACCCAUGAUUACCAUGUCAUUUGGGCAGUUGCAUCACAAGAUCGGCCAAUUGAGAGAGUCCAGGAUCAAAUUGCCGAAAGAAUAGGCCUUUCUAAUGAAGGUUGGAAAUCUAAGAGCCUUGAUGAGAAAGCUGAAGGCAUCUUCAAGGUAUUAUGUAAAAGGAAGUUUGCAUUGUUGUUGGAUGAUAUAUGGGAAUGGUUUGAUCUCACAAGAGUUGGGGUACCUCUUCCAACACAAGAAAAUGGCUCUAAAGUCAUUUUCACAACUCGUCGUCUUGACGUGUGCUGUCAAAUGCAACCGAACAUGGAUAAUAAUAUCAGAGUGCAAUGUUUACCACCAGGAGAAGCUUUCAAACUGUUCAGGAGAAGGUUGGCGUCAGAAACCCUUCAAAUGCAUCCAGAUUUUCGCAAGUUAGCUGAAGCGGUGGUUCAAGAAUGUGCAGGACUACCUCUCGCUCUCGUUACAAUUGGGCGAGCCAUGGCAUCCAAGAAGAGCCCUCCAGAAUGGGAAUAUGCUAUUGAAGUUUUAAGGCAAUCAGCAGCCUCUGUGUUCCCAGGGGUAGGGAAAGAGAUGUAUCCCAAGUUAAAAUUCAGUUAUGACUGUUUAACGAGUGAAAGAGUCAAAUCUUGUUUCUUGUAUUGUUCUUUAUAUCCAGAAGAUUAUAGCAUCCCAAAAGAGGAACUAGUAGAUUGUUGGAUCGGGGAAGGACUUUUGGACAAGCAUACCAAUUUGAGCAGUGCCAGAAACCAGGGACUUUUCAUUAUAGGUUCUCUUAUUGACGUAGGCUUAUUGGAGAAAGAAGGUGUUCAGUUAAAGGAACAACCGAAAGCUAAAAAGUGGGAAGAGGUAACAAGAAUGUCGCUGAUGGAGAAUCAAAUUGAAAAUCUAACUGAGAUAUUGGAAUGUCCCAAUCUCCAAACUUUGUUUCUUAGGAGUAAUCAUUUGAAGGUAAUCAUCAAUGAUUUCUUUAAUUUCAUGCCGAUGCUAAGGGUUCUGGACUUGUCUAGAAAUAUGAAUUUGGAAGAAUUGCCGGUAGGAAUUGCAAAGUUGGUUUCACUAGAACAUCUCAAUUUGUCACGGACAGGAAUAAAAAAGUUGCCAGUCGAAUUGAAGGCCCUAGCAAAGCUGAAAUAUUUGAAUUUGGAGAAAACAAGCAGGCUGAGUAUGAUCCCUCAACAACUGAUAUCCAGUUUCUCCAAGUUGCAAGUACUGAAAAUGGUGGGUUGUGGUUAUAGAUGUUCGUUGGUUUUCGAGGAAAUGGAGCAUUUAAAAUAUUUGAAUGUGGUAACCAUUACUUUUAGAAGCGCUUCAGAGUUGGAAAAUGCUUCGAGGUUCAACAAGUUCUUAAGCUUUACCUUUGAAUAUGUAAGCCUUGAAGAUUUCAUGGAUUCAAGAUCAUUGAAUAUGUUGGCUUUAGCAAAUGUGCCACAUCUACAGAGUUUAGCAUUUUCUUUUUGUAUGUAUCUGGAAGAAGUGAAGAUUGAAAGCAACAUAAUUGAAAGUGUGGGACGCUUCCAUAGCCUUCAAUUUGUAAGCCUAUGUUAUUGCACUCGAUUGAAGGAUGUGAGUUGGAUAAUUUUUGCUCCAAAUUUGUUAGGACUAUUUAUAAUCAGCUGCCAAGGUUUAGAAGAAAUUAUCAACGAGGAAAAGCUUGAUGAAGUCACUAAGUCCAAGGCAGAUGGUAACUUAUUUUCUAAACUUGAGGUUUUUUAUCUAAAAGAUUUGCCCGAAAUGAAAACAAUAUACCGCCAUGCUCUGCCUUUCCCGCAACUGGAGGAAAUCAAAAUUCUAGAAUGCCCAGUGUUGAAGAAGCUCCCUUUAAACUCCAAUAGUGCAAAAGGACAAAGGCUCGUCAUUGGAGGAGAGGAGGGAUGGUGGAAAGAUGUAGAAUGGGAGGAUGAAUCCACUCGAGUUGCUUUUCUCCCUUCUUUCAAACCUGAGGUGGAAUGGUGGAAAGAUGUAGAAUGGGAGGAUGAAUCCAGUCGAAUUGCUUUUCUCUCUUCUUUCAAACCUGGUCUAUUCUAAUAAAUGUUGGACAUUAAUUAACGCCUAAAACCUUGAUUGUAUCAUAAUAUACCUCAUUGUAAGUUCUAUUGUGUCUAUCCCUAGAUUACAUGUAGCUUGGUUCUUUGUUUUACAGAGACUUUUUCUUUAGUAUGAUUUUGAAAAUAUAUUAUGUUAAUGAAUUUAAAUUUGAAGUAUAA